AUGGACUCGCUAAAGUUGUUGUCCUCCCCGAAAAUCUUUUGGCACAAGAGCGUGGUGAAGAAACAAGAUCGGGAAAUAGCACUAGGGCAAAAGGGAUGUGUAAUUUGGCUCACAGGUCUCAGUGGCUCAGGAAAGAGUACUUUGGCUUGCAAGCUUGAUCAGGCACUGUUGAGCCGGAACAAGCUCAGCUAUGUCCUCGAUGGUGAUAAUCUUCGCCAUGGGCUCAACAAAAACUUGGAUUUUAGCGUUAAAGAUCGUGCUGAAAACAUUAGACGUGUUGGUGAAGUGGCCAAGCUAUUUGCGGAUGCGGGGCUAAUAUGCAUUACGAGCUUCAUUUCACCGUAUAGAAACGACAGAAAUUUGUGUCGCAAACUACUUCCUCCUGGAGAUUUCAUUGAGGUUUACCUCAAAGUUCCAUUGAGCAUUUGCGAAAAAAGAGAUCCCAAGGGACUUUACAAGCUUGCUCGUGCCGGGAAAAUCAAAGGUUUUACCGGUAUAGAUGAUCCAUAUGAGGAGCCUUAUGACUGCGAGAUUACAAUGGGAGUAGAGAAUGGCACUCCAGAGGAAAUGGCCACCACAGUGAUUACGUUCCUUGACGGAAGAGGUUAUUUGGCACCUCCAAUUACAAUGUAA